AUGGUUCUCGUAGAAAAAGGAACUAAUGAACAAUUUGCUGAAGAAGGAAGAGCUUAUGAUCCUCUUGUUCCAAAAGGAAAUAAUAUAGCAAUAACCUUCAUGUUUGAAAUUGAUAACGAGCCAAUUAGAAAAGCAACUCUCAAAAAGCUCGGUAGAAUUGAAUAUAAUUUUAAACUUCAAAUUUGUAAGAAAGGAACAGGCGAGCUCAUCACCUCUUUGCCUUGCAAGCCUACGGAGGACGGAAGAACAACAAAUGAUGGCAUGACAAGUGCAGUUCAUUUCUUCUCAGUUCCAUUUUCAAAAGAACAAAUUCAAUAUUUAAGAGAUAAUUUGGAUAGUGUUCAGGUUAAAUUAACCGUUGAUGACGAAAGGUAUCCUCAUUCUAUAGUGUUAAGCCCACUUCUUGUGAAGGAUCUCUUGAAAGAAUUUGAUUAA